AUGAAUGAUCAGGGGACGGGCAUUGGUCAGGCUCUGAUACUGGAGGAACUUAUGCGCCGGACUGGCGAUACUAUCCCCGAUUUCUUCAUUCUCGAAAACGACGCGGACAACGCCGAGUCCCGACUUUUUUGCUCAGAAUUUGCCAUUAUCGCGAACACACCACCCGGAGAGGGCCGAUUUGCUCAAGAACCUCGACACGCCCUACAGCAACAACCACCCAGAGGAAAAGCAGGAGAUACUGCGCGCGCUCGCCAUCUGUCAGCCACGGAAUUUAGCCUGCAGCAGCUCUUGUUCGACCUGGACAGCAGCAUCGUGCAGCGGGUACCAGAGAUCAAGGGCGUCGAGCCCGGGAGACCGGACUACGAAGCCCUAAUCGCGGCAAGUAAGGAGGAUUCCAUCGCCAGCACCCUCGACAAUGUCUGCGUCGUCAACAACCACAGAAAAUACGUUUUCGACUAUUACUGGGUUGUCAAGAGCCAGGUUGGCCAGAUUCACGGCGUGUUGAGCAUGAAGAAGGCGACCCUAUUCAAAGUCUUUGAAAACCAGCUGCUCGAAUAA